CUGAUAUUAUCUGUGAUAUCCUAUGAAAAUGUCCGAUGACAUACAUUCCGAAUGAGAAAAGGGCAAAAUUGAGAUUCAGGAUGUCUAAACAGCAAAAAUUGGAUCCGAAGAAAAAUAGUGAUCAGAUUUACAAAGGUUCACAUUUGAUGUUCCUGACGCCAGAUCGAAAAUUACCUCCCUUGAAGACAACAUUCACAAGACCACAGAAUGUAUCCUUGGCAGAUUUAUCACCAUUUUAUCGUCAGACAAGGAACCCUUUGUUACAAGACUCCGCUUACAGUCCUCUGACCUCCCCCAUUCUGUCUGAAGUAUCUAAAUCAAAUACUGAUGCAAAAUCUGGUAAUUGUGAUGAAGAAUAUGAGCAUGAUACAAAAAAUGACACAGGAAGUUUCGAUGGUAAGGUAGGCCUUGAAACUCCUUUUGAAAGACAUUUGAAAGAGACAUAUGUGGGGGUCACCAAAACACAUGAUAAACAAAAAGAAAAUUCUGAGACAGUGAAAAGUUAUGCUUCCAACACUUUAAAUGAAAAACAUACACUUGAUUUAAAUAAUGAAUCUUUCAAAAAGAUGGAUAUUGUUGGAAUAGAGAUGCAGAUCAUUCCAGAGAAUGAAGUAGAUGUAGAGAAAUCACCUCUGAGUUUGUCAGAUUUCACAUCACACUCUAAUGUUGGUGAAGACAGGUUUCAAAGUAAACUUUGUGAACCAGAAAGUAGUGAAAGACAACAUGGGCAUAAUUCUUACAGCGGGAACCAAACUUCAAGGAAUAUUGAUUCAGGUGAAGGGCGCAGAAGAAGAUAUACCCCUUCAUUCUGUUCAAGCUGCUCUUGUGAAGACUCUAUGAUUGCCCAAUCGCGAUGCUCGGUUUGUGAUGGUUGUAGUACCAGUACAUGUAACUCAUCUUAUAGUUCAAUAGAACCUUCACAUGCUCGGCCCAGCGGUGAAUCUGUAGAGAACUAUUUUCAUCCUUUUGAAAUGUCGGCAACAAAGAUAGAUCAUCUACUAGAUUCACAUUUAUCUUUCGAGGAGCUUGAUGUUGGUCUUCUGAAGUCUCUAUCUGAAGAGGUGAAUGAGUCAAAAGCAAAGGGAAAUCCAUGUGUAGGUUUUUAUUUUCCUUUUUUUUGAAAUGU